AUGCCGCCCUUUCUCCCCCGCAAGAGGUUGAACUCGACGCCACCCACCCCUGCUCGAUCAACACCCGCAAAGAAGGCAAGAUUAGCAGACGCAUUAGACUCCGAGUCGAGGAACAUCUCUGGGCUGAAACAAACAAAGCGUUUCUCCCUUGGGAGUGAUGAUUCAGACUCCUCGUUAAGCGACGUGGAUAGUGACGAGUUUGAGAACGUCCCUGCGAUUGGGAAAGGGAAGCCUCUCCCGACCCCGUUGGAAGAUGACGACGACGAGGAUGAAGACAUUGAAUGGGAGGACGCUGCUGCAAAACAACAACAGAGUGCCUCUUCACGAGCUCCAUUAGCAGAUGGUCCAAUUGAGCUGGUCUUUCGUAAAGAUGACAUCGAGAUUGACUAUGGAACCGCUGCAGCUGCUACUACCGGAAAGAAGGGCCCGACCAAGAGAGAGAAAGAGGCUCGAGUCCGAACACACCAGAUGCACGUUCAGUUUCUGUUAUGGCAUAAUUCGAUCCGCAAUAGAUGGAUAUCGGACCAACGGGUUCAGAAAACAUUGGUUCAACAAUUGCCUGCUCAAAUAAGGAAGGAAGUGGGAAAGUGGAAGCGUGCAAGCGGCUUGUCAGCGCCCGAAUCUCCUGCAAAAGCACCACAGCCCAAAAACAAGAAGCGCGGAAAACAGAAGAGGCCAGAACCUCGGAAUGAGCGUGAUUGGGGAAGACCAAGCCAACGCCUUGAAGUGGGAAGAGCGGACAUGAGCCAUGGAGAACCACUCAUACCUCUGAUGAAAGUCCUAGCAGCAUACUGGAAGAAGAGAUUUGCCAUUACCGCCCCAGGCUUGAGAAAACGGGGUUACGGCACAAAGCAAGCACUGAAGCAGGUGAUCUAUUCAUUCAGAACCGACGAACACGAUCCUGAAGAGCAUGGCGAGAGGAUCAGAGACAUUGGUGAGUUUCGCGAAGCUGCGAAGAAGUGCGAAGGAUCGAGAGAUCUCGGAGCACAGCUUUUUACGGCCCUUCUGCGGGGUUUGGGUAUCGAGUCACGUUUGGUAGCUAGUCUACAGCCCAGUGGCUUCGGUUGGACAAAAGCAGAACAGAUGAUACCACGUAAAGUGGCCAAGGCGGCCGAGUUUGACUCGUCUUCGGAUGAUUCGGAUGAAGAAGAUUCAAAAUCAAUAUCUGAAAUCGCAAGAUCCAGAGCUUCUUCAAAGUCAGGACCAAAAGGCCAAUCUGGAAAAGGUGGAGGGUCAGCCACAGACCCUGUGAACUUGGAUCUGGAUUCGGUAGACGAUAAGGACGAUGACUCCCUCAUCGAUGUGACUCCUUCAAUGCCGAGACGACGUCCACAGCAAUAUGAUCGAGACAACCCAUUCCCCAUAUAUUGGACCGAAGUGAUUUCUCCAAUCACAAACAAAGUCUUACCAGUAUCGCCUUUAAUCCUCAACUCACCAGUCGCCUCCACUCCGGAGGUUUUGUAUACCUUUGAGCCUCGUGGGGCUAAAGCAGAAAAGACCAAGACGGUCAUUGCCUAUGUUGUUGCCUAUUCAUCUGAUGGUACAGCGAAAGAUGUCACGGUCAGAUAUGUAAAGAAUAGGAUCUGGCCUGGAAAGACCAAAGGGUUUCGUUUUCCUGUCGAAAAGAUUCCAAUAUACAACAAACAUGGUAAAGUGAAGCGGUAUGCAGACUAUGACUGGUUCAAGCGAGCAAUGAGUGGCUAUGAGCGACCACACCUUAUGAGAACAGCUGCAGAUGAUUUGGAAGAUGCAGCUGACCUCGUGCCCCAGCUGCCUCCCAAGAAAGAGGUGAAGGAUGAUGUCGACACCAUCCAGAGUCUUAAGGCCUCGGCCGAUUUCGUGUUGGAACGUUUCUUAAGACGAGAAGAAGCCUUGCGACCAGGAUCCGAACCGGUAAGAACUUUCGUGUCGGGCAAAGGAGAAAAUCUGAAGGAAGAGCCUGUAUACCGUCGCAGCGAUGUUGAGAGAUGCUUGACUGCAGAAUCCUGGCAUAAAGAAGGUCGUCGACCAAAGGCUGGCGAGGCACCAUUAAAGCUAGUACCUGUCCGUGCAGUUACCUUGACAAGAAAACGCGAAGCUGAAGAGCACGAGAGGCAGACAGGACAAAAGCAGAUGCAAGGUUUAUAUUCCUGGGAUCAAACCGAAUACAUCAUUCCUCCUGCGAUACAAAAUGGCAUUAUUCCAAAGAAUUCCUAUGGAAAUAUCGAUUGUUUCGUACCAAGCAUGGUCCCCAGAGGAGCUGUCCAUGUCCCUCUGCGAGGAACAGUCCGGAUUUGCAAAAAGCUAGAUAUCGAUUUCGCCGAAGCCGUCACCGGCUUUGAGUUCGGCAACAAGAGAGCCGUUCCAGUCUGUACAGGCGUGGUCAUUGCGGAAGAGAACAAGGAUUUGCUUAUGGAUGCCUGGACCAAGUUCAAUGAAGAACAGCGGAGGAAAGAAGAGAGUAAAAUGGAGAAACUCGUGCUUGAUCUCUGGCGCAAGUUUGUCAUGGGCUUGAGGAUUCGGGAGAAGGUCAACGAUAUCUAUGGUGAUGGGACUGCACUGCCAUCUCAUACACAAGGCAUGCGUAUGGAUCAACCAAUCACCCUAGAUGAUGACGAUGAACCAGAAAACAAUAGCGUGGUCGGCGGAGGUGCAACGUUUGCCCAUGAGGAUGACUUUGGUGGCGGGUUUCUCCUCGACGAUGAUGAAAAUCAGCCUGUUCCUGAGGAUUUGGAGAUGGAGCAUCACGAAGAUCUGCCCUCAAAAGCUUACUCCAAAGGCAAGGGACGAGCUACCAACGAAGAUAGUUAUCCGACCCCCUCGUCGGUAUCGCCCUUAAAACCAGCCGUGCGACGACAAAGGAAGCCGUUACUUCAAGAUAGCGAAAGCGAGGAUGAACUCACCGACCUAUCUUCCAUCCCCGACAGCGACGACAUGAAUGACGAAUCAGACUCUUUCAAACAUGACAUCGCUGACGCAGAUACUACGCCACCUCGAUCGUUAGCCAAGAAACCUGCGCGACUCGUUGAGGUUGCAAUCCCCAACGGCACGAAGCUUCGAGGCAGAAACAAAGCUGCACCGACACUGCCGCCCAAGGCUGAUUCUGAACAAGAUCAAAUCUCUGACUCUGACUCAAUUUCCAAUGACGACAUGGACACGGAAGACGACUACCAGCCUACAAAGAAGUCUUCCCGAAAAAACAAAGUCAAGUCACCCACCCGAAGGCGGACGAGAGACACGAAUGAGAAACAGGGCUUGAAUGGUGGCCGUGCACCCAAGGUACGGGCGUCACGUGGCAAGGAUGACUAUGAUCAUGACGAGGACGAAGAAGAAGGAGACGAAAUCGUCACUCCUCGCCGUCGGCUCAGGAGAGAUAGCACCAUCGUGACGAGUCCGUAUUUUGCAUGA